CGCAAAACUUCAAACAACAGCGGCAGGCACAAAAAAAAACCCAACAUUGGGGCCAUAUUGGAAAAUAAAUUAAUUAAACGAACCUGGGUGAAUGAAAAACGAGCAUGGACCGCACCGUAAUUGCACCUUGGAAGGCCGAGGAGAAGGAGCAAAGCGAGAGGCUGCACAAGAAGCUCCAGGGCCUGGCUUUGCUGUAUCCCAUGGGCGACGAAAUGCGGAAGCUGCUCUGCUGGGACAUGUUCCUCAAACCCAAUCAGGCGGCAUUCUUUCAGGUGAUGCACUAUCUGUUCCGCCUGCUGGAUCCAGUGGAGUUCAAGCGUCGCUUCUUCUGGCCAAUUACUGACAAAAAGGCGGAGGCCAAUUUCCGCUCCUGCACCGUGGAGUACCUGAAGCACUUGAACGAGAAGCAUCACCUGCAGUGGGCGAACAUAAAGUCCUAUUUGGUGGUGAUGCCUGGUGGCCAUAAGUUUAUAAACUUUCUGCUGGAAUUUGUAGGCUUUGUGGUCCAGGAACUGGUCAAGCAACGGGAAAAGGUUUUACUUGUGGACACGAGUCCGGCCCAUCUGCGGGAUUUGAAUGCCAAGGCAAUGGGCAGGCAGAAUGCUCUCCUCAAGGAGUAUGCAUCCUCGUAUGUGGAGGAGCUGGAACGUAAUUCGACUCAGCUGCGAGAGAGUACAGAAAAGAUAAAGCACAUUCUGGCUGAGAUCUCCAGCAUAACCGGAGUACCCGAGGCACAGCUGCAAGACGAUGCUUUCCUGGAGGACUUUGAGGCAGACAAUCGACUGGCUGUGCAGCAGAAUAUCUCUGCGCCCGCUGCCAGCAAUGCCGCACUAGAGGCACCCCUCAGGGACCUCAAAGAGAAGAUCGAACGCUUCCAUGCCAAGCAGGUGGAGCACAAUCAAAACGAGGAAGCCAUGGACCAGACACUACGCGACAUGCGGCAGCUCUACGACAGCGAUGCUGAGCCUAUGAGCGGCUCCAACAUGGAUGCUCUGGUGGGUGCCUUCAAUAUGGUCAGCCACACAAUUGCAGAGCAACUGGAUGCCAACGAUCACUACAACGAGUCCAACGAGUUUGUGACCAAACAACUGCAGGAACUGCGCCUCGAACUGUCUGAGAUGGAGAGCCAGGUGACCAGAGUUCAGCGGAAACUGAAUGUUCGACUCAAAGAGGACACCGGCAGCAGCAGCAGCCUUCAUCAGCUGCAGCAGCAAUCGGUGGCGGGUACACCGCGUCUCGAUCUGCGAGCCCAUGGCAUUGCCAAGAAGUUUGUGUCCACGCCGCCCAUUCGCUUCGAUUUGGCUGGCAGUAAUGUGCGCACGCCACACGUGCGCCUGCCACUACAGGAUGACUUUAAGGCCAAGCAACUGGACACGUUUAGCAACAGUUUAUUGGCACCUGCACCGCCACGUUCGGCACGCAAGUUGAAAGCCCUUGAGCAGUCCACUGAUCUCAAUUGUACACUGAACCGCUCCAAGGUGGCAAAUCCCAUGCAGCUGUUGCGCACCAUUGGCAAGUCUACGUCCAGGCCACAAAUGUCUGUCACGCAGCAGCAGCAACAGCAGCACAAUCUCUCAUCGCUGGGCAGCAAAUGGAAGCAGAUGCAGGCAUCGUUUGGCUUUGAUGAUGCACCAGCGGGAAUUGUAGUGCCUCCUGCAGCUGUUGCGGCGUCCCCUGCAGAGUCUUCUCCAGCUGCCAGCGAGCCAUACACUCCAUCCAGUUGCAAUGACUGCACACGCAUCGAAUGCAUUGCCCCAAGGUCUUCCAAUGCCAACAGCUCGCUGGUGGCACAGAGUGCGGCUGUGCGCAAGGUUUUGGAUCUGUCGCGUAAUGUACAGAAUCUGAGUACAUCGCCAUCGGGCAGGCUGGAUCCCUUGGUGGCCGAUACGCCACUACACGAACCAAUGCAACAACAAAUGAUGCCACGCGUUUUACUCAACGACAAGACAAUGGAUCAGUUCGAGGAUCCCUAUGACAACAAGGAGAAUGAAAUUAAUGCCCUGAAUGAUGCAUCGCGGAAAUUUGACCUCGAGCUGAGCGACGAUGGUGAUGACCUGCACGACAUAAGCGACAGCGUACUCAAGGAUGUAUCCAUGUAGACGACAGUGGGCCUAAAUCAAAGAUUCCCUCCC